AUGAAUGUUUCCGAUGCUACUUUCGACUUGCUCGAAGCAGAGUUUAACGCGCCCUCCGUGCGCAAUCCGUCUGCAGCUCUCCCCAACCGACAAUGGGCAGAAGACGCAGCGGCCAAACAACGCGCAGGUGUCCCUCCCUUCCCGCCCGGUGUCGUUGCCGCUCGUCCCGCGUUUGACACAAAAAAGAUGCGUGAGCUGCUUGACAUGAAUAAUUUUGAGCUCCGUGACAGUCUCUACGAGCUUUUCAAAAACCCAGUCUUCGUUCCCCGCUACAACGAGACCCUCGAUGAAGAACGAGCCCGAACCAUUCAGAGAUGGCGUCUCAUCGCAAAGACAGGCGUCUUCCACGAAGCCCUUCGCAUAUUUACAGUCAAGGGACGCCAGCGAUAUGAGGCAACCUUAGAGUCGGUUGGUGCCAUUGACCACAGCCUUGACAUCAAAAUGGGGGUCCACUAUGGCCUAUUCGGAGGAACAGUAAGCUUGAUGGGUGACGAUGACCAAGGAGCAAGGUGGAUGCCCAAGAUUGAGAGCUGCGAGAUGCUCGGCUGCUUCUCCAUGACAGAGCUCGGCCAUGGCUCUAACGUCAAGGGUAUCCAAACAACAGCAGUCUACGAUAUCCCUUCUCGUACUUUCGUUGUAAACACUCCAUGCGAAGAGGCACAGAAGUACUGGAUUGGGGGUGCAUUCCAAUCAGCACGCUGGACAGCUUUGUUUGCCCAGCUCUACGUCAAGGGCGUCUGUCACGGCGUUCACCCUUUUCUUGUCCGGAUUCGCAAUGAAGAUGGCACCCCGGUCAAGGGAGUGACAAUGGGUGACUGUGGCGCCAAGAGUGGUCUGAAUGGUGUUGACAACGGUCGAAUAUGGUUCUCCAACUUGCAUGUGCCUCUUGACCACCUUCUUAGACGACAUUCCCAAGUGUCCGUAGACGGAAAUUUCACUUGCAAUUUCAAAUCUUCUGACGAGCGAUUUGGUGCCUCUCUCGCGUCCCUAUCUGGUGGCCGUGUCAGUGUUGCGGCUGGUUCACUCAUUCAGGCAAAACUUGGACUCACGAUUGCCAUCAGGUAUGGCUUGUCGCGGAAGGCCUUCGGACCUCCCGGCGAGGAAGAGACCCGGCUGAUGGACUACCCAGGAUACCAGACACGCUUGAUUCCGCCUCUCGCAACCACUUUCGUCAUGCAGCUUGUUCUUAAUCACCUCAAGUCCAAAUGGCAGCGUAGAGAGCUCGGGCGUGAACUGCAUGUGUGGAGUUCCGGAUUCAAAGCCCUCAUCUCAUGGCAUGCUCUCAGUACUCUCCAGGAGACAAGAGAGGCAUGUGGCGGCCAAGGCUACAAAGCUGAAAACAGGAUUGCCCCGUUGAAGAGUACCCAUGACGUCGCACUUACAUAUGAAGGAGACAACCAUAUUCUGUUGCAAACCGUAACGAAGGCAGUCUUACCAGAGUUUGUACGCGGCUUCAAAAACGAUGGGAACUUCGAAGGCCACUUUUCGUACCUCAACGACCGCGAAGCACUGAGGAGGGUGGAUUUGUCAACUACGGACCCUCGGUCAGCUAUGUACGCACUCACCGUAAUGAGGCGAAGAGAAGCUGCGCUCUUCGCCAGGCUAGCUGCAGAGAUACAGAAGAAGAUCGCAGCCGGAAUGUCUUCGUUGCAAGCCUUCAACCACUCCGCAGUUUUGGUCGAGGACGCUGGCCGUGCUCAUGUCGACUUGCUGAUGUUACAACUCUUCCACCAAACACUCUCAGACCUCAAGAGUCGCGGUGAAACCGAGCUUGUGAACAUCUUGACCCUCUGUGGUGCUUUGCACACUGCGAGAUUGAUUGACUCCCAGGUCAUUUUCCUGCGAAACGGAGCCCUGUCUGCCAAGGAUGCGCAGAAUGUGCACAGCAACGUGCAAAUAUUCUGUAUGCAGCUUCGACCACAUGUCCUGCACCUUGUAGAUUCAUUUGGAUACCCACCGCACUUGCUGGCUCCAAUUGCUUUCGAUUACGUGAGCCACAAUAGCCGCUCAAGACUCUGAACAGCUAACUGCCUGAAAAAGCAUGUACAGGUACGGUAUAAUAGACAGCAUAAAUGAUAAAAGCUUGCAAUGUAAUUGUUUCAAGUGCAUAGA